AUAAGCAGCGGAGAGAAGUGCUGAUGUCCGUACCGUACCUUUUGUGUCUGUAGUCUGUACGUAAUCCACACAUUCGACGGCGUUGUCGAAAUCGAAUAAUAAUAAAAUUGGUAUUAUUGUUUAUUUUUAAAAAUCAAUUUUUUCCCGCUACACAAAACGAUUCACGACCGAAAAACGUGUUCGACGGUUUAGCCAAAUUGAUUUGUAAAAAAAAGGUUCUUCCGAAGUAAUAUCAAUUAUGGCUGAUCAAACACAAACGGAAAACAAAAAUCCAGAAUUUUGCAAGCCCAAGGACCCGAAAGAUGUUGAAAAGGCUCAAGAAGAAAGUAUGAAGAAACAGUAUCAGAUGAAAUCAAACUGGCCUCCAGUCAGUGGUCAUUCUGCGUUACUUCAAAAGCGUCUUGCAAAAGGGCAAAAAUUUUUCGAUUCGGGAGAUUAUCAAAUGGCAAGGCAAGUUGGUUCAGGUGGUAGUAAGAUAGCUAAUCGUCCGGUUCAACAAGUAUUAGGUUUCGGUACCGGAGACACUAUACCAACACCAGAGACUGUGCCAGCACGAAAGACUUCCAUUAUUCAGCCAAAAUUCAAUGCAAGUUCUACUCCAUCGUCUACAACGUGAUUUUGCUUUUUAUUUUAUUUAUUUUUAACACAGUUAAUUAGUUCAAUCAAAUGUUAUUAUUUUUAAUUUUGUUUAUGCCAUUACGGUUCAUGAAUUAACAAGAUGUGGCCAUUCGUUUAAGCUAUUUUGGUAUACUAAUUAUAAUAUUAUGUGUGAUGUAAA